AUGAAGACGAAGACGAGGCCCAAGACCAAGAUGAAGACGAAGACGAGGCCCAAGACCAAAAUGAAGACGAAGACGAGUCCCAAGACCAAGAUGAAGACGAAGACGAGGCCCAAGACCAAAAUGAAGACGAAGACGAGGCCCAAGACCAAGAUGAAGACGAAGACGAGGCCCAAGACCAACAUGAAGACGAAGACGAGGCCCAAGACCAACAUGAAGACGAAGACGAGGCCCAAGACCAACAUGAAGACGAAGACGAGGCCCAAGACCAAGAUGAAGACGAAGACGAGGCCCAAGACCAAGAUGAAGACGAAGACGAGGCCCAAGACCCAAAUGAAGAUGAAGACGAGGCCCAAGACCAAGAUUAAGACGAAGACGAGGCCCAAGACCUAG